AUUUAAACCAUUGAUCACAAAAUUUUAGUGUGGGACAUUUAACGUUUUUAAUAAUUUAUAAUCAUUUUAAAAAUUCAAAAUAUAACAUAUAAGAAAAAAAAUAUUUUAUUAUUAUAUGGUUAUAAUGUGGUUGUUUAAUAUAUUAUAAUACUAUAAAAUUAAAAAAAAAAGUUAAGAUACAAAAAUUAUUAUCAAAUAUUUAUUAUUCAUAAUCUUUAAUUGUCAUAUAUACGGUAACCAUAUUAGGCAAUUUCGUAGAUUUUGUUUAAGGAAAGUGCGAGAAUAUUCUUUUGUAUAAUAUAUAUCAAAUUAAUAGUUAAUUUAAUAAAAUGUAUAAUAUAAGUUAAGAUUGAACUAACCUAUUUAUCUAAGAAUUCGGAAUUUCAUUCUCACAGUGAUACGUGACUACAAAACAAUGUUGUAAUGUUUCUCAGUUAAUAUAUAAUCGAUAAAACAUAUCAAGGGUUUUCUUGUUCAGAUUACUUAUAUUUUUUUAUCAUUCCAACUCACGGACAAGUUGACUAUUGAAAAGAUCUUUCAAGAUAAAUAAAAAUAUCACAUACAAAUUGACUAUUAAAAAGGUAAAUUAAUUAACAUCCCUUAAUUAUUAUUAUUUUGUGGAAGAAAACAUCCUACCUCUUCUGUUGAAUAGACUUGAAAUAUAAUUUUAAUUAUAUCUUUCUCCCCCUAUGUAUGCUUAUAUAAAGAGUCUUCUCUCUUUUCUUCAACGUUGCCAUUUUCAGUUUUCUAGUAUUUGCUUUUCAAAAAUGGCCGAGGUAAUUUUCAAGGCAUUGUUGUGGGUUAUUGCGGCAAUGGCGCUUAUAAUGGCCGAGGAGGCUCGUACACAGCUAGUGCCUUGCUAUUUCGUUUUCGGAGACUCAGUCUUCGACAACGGUAACAACAAUGACUUGAAUACUACCGUCAAAGUUAAUUACUCACCUUAUGGUAUUGAUUUUGCUAGAGGUCCUACCGGCCGGUUUAGCAAUGGCCGUAAUAUUCCCGACUUUAUCGCUGAACUAAUGGGAUUCAGUGAUUACAUUCCACCUUUUGCUGGAGCAUCUCCUCAACAAGCUCACACUGGUAUAAACUACGCUUCUGGUGCUGCCGGAAUUCUCGAAGAGACUAGCUACCAUUUGGGCGAUAAAAUCAGUUUUGAAAAGCAAAUAAAGAAUCAUCGGACGAUUAUAAUGACGGCGAAUGUGCCAUCCAAGAAGCUGGAGAAAUGCCUAUACACAAUUAAUAUUGGAAGCAAUGAUUAUCUCAACAAUUAUUUCAUGCAAGGUGAUAAGUACAAUACUAGUCGCACGUUCACUUACGAUCAAUAUGCUGAAUUCCUCAUUGGACGUUAUCGCUCUUAUUUAAAGUUAUUAUAUGUCCAAGGAGCAAGGAAGGUGGGGUUGUUUGGGGUCAGUAAGCUCGGAUGCACGCCGCGAAUGAUCGCCUCCCAUGGUGGUGGUCUAGGCUGCGCUGCUGAAGUGAACAAAGCUGUUGAAUCAUUCAACAAGAACCUCAAAGAUCUGGUCAGUGAGUUUAACACAAACUUCAACGAUGCUAAGAUCACUUACGUUGAUAUCUUCACCAGUCAAACUCCUCUUGCGUAUGAGGCCUUAGGGUUUACGGAAACACAGAAGAGUUGUUGUACGGUCGAAUCAGGGGCAGAACUAUGUGCGGCAAAUAAACCGGUUUGUGAGUUUCGAAGAAGGUACGUGUACUGGGACAAAGUCCACAGCACUGAGGCGGCCAACAUGUUUGUGGCAAAUUCUGCGUUUGCUGGAGUCACUGCUUUUCCUUAUAGCCUUGCCUUACUUGCAGUACUAUAGGGAAAAUAUACUCGAAAACAUCAUUCGCACAUAUAUAUAUUUGGGAGAUAUUGGUAAAAUAAGCCAUAGUGAUAAUACUUUUGUCUCUUUAUACAUUUGUAUUAAUUGAUCAGUUUUGGACAUAAUUGCUCUGAUGAUAACAAAAAUAAUUAUUAAAAAUUAUAUAUAUAUAUAUAUCUCUAUAAUAUUAUUUGAGAAGUCAAUUUCUUAGGUGUCUUGCCCACGUUAAUUUUCACGGUGGUUGAUUAUUAUGAUACCCUUAAUGAAUUAAAAAUAAUUAUAUUUUAAAUACUAUUAUUUCCUUUUUAAAAUUUUCUAAAUAACAAUAUAAAACAGAAAGGAAAUAUUUAUAAAGUUAAAAAAAAUAAAAACGAAAAUAUAUGUAUAUAUAAUAUGAUUUCAUAAUAAAAGGAAAAUUCACAAAAUACUAAUAUCUCAUUUAAAAGAUUUUUUUUAAUUGUGAAGUAAUAAAACACUUUCCUUAUAUCUAUAUAUUCUUAGAUGAAAACAAAUAUUUGUAUAUAAUGUGAUUUCAUUAAAGAGAGAUCACACAAAUGAUCUUGAUAUUAGAAAAAAGAAAUUUUUUUUUUUUUUAAUUUUGAAGUAAGAAAACACUUUCCUUCAUUAUAUCUAUAUAUUCUUAGAUGAAAACAAAUAUUUGUACAUAAUGUGAUUUCAUUAAAGAGAGAUCACACAAAUAAUCUUGAUAUUAGAAAAAAGAAAUAUUUAUCUUUUAAAACAUAAUUUUAAACAAAACAAAUAUAUAUAUUUUCAAAGUAAUAGAAUUUGUUUUUAUAUAUUUAUCUAUUUUCUUAGUUGACUAUAAUAUUUUUCAAUUACAGCAAAAAAUAUAAAUUAUAUUUUACUUAUAUAAUAAAAUUUCUCAAAACAAUCACAUUUUUACUGCAUAUUUUAAGAGAUAUUAAAAAACUAAAAAUAAAUUUUAAUAAUAAACACCUUUUGAUCGAAUAACUACAACAUGAGUGACUCGACUAAUCCAUUUUAUAUCUAAAACCAUAGAUAGAACUACAGUAAGAAUAUAUAAAUUGUAGGAUGACUUAAAACAUAUUAACAAAUGAAAAAUAAAAUAUUAACUCUUUGUUACAAUUUAGUUCUUUUAUAAAAUUUUAUAUAUGCAUGAGACUUUCAAAUAUUAUCAUUAUAUUAAUUUAUGUAAUUUGGAAUCAUACACUUUAGUUUAUGUUUUUUUAUUUCACUCUAAGAAUAAUAUAUCUUAAGUUAUACAUAAUCUUACUAAAAUAUACUUACAUAUCUAAAACAACAACCAACCUAAAUACAAAUAAGAAAAUUAAUUAAAAAAAUAUAUAUAUUUAAAAUAAAAAAUAUUAUAGUUGAAUUCAAAGAAAUAGAUAGAAUCCAAUAUGUCCAAAUGAUAAUUAAAUUGAUCAAAAAAACUAAAUACAAAUAAGAAAAUUAAUCAAAAAAUAAUAUAUUUAAAAUAAAAAAAUAUUAUAGUUUAAUUCAAAGAAAUAGAUAGAAUCCAAUAUGUCUAAAUGAUAAUUAAAUUGACUGUAAAACUACAAAACCGAUUAAAUAUAAAAUAUCUAAAAUUAGAUGUAUAAUUAAAGUAAUAUAAUAUUAUUAAUAUAAAUUAUAAAUUAAUUUAAAACUAAAAGUAAAUAUCAAUCAGUUAUUAUAGCAUAUUACUUUAUAAAUAUUUAUGUCCGUGCAUGAGCAAGGGAAAAUCACCUAGUAUCAAAAAUAUGAAAUAGCAAUACCAUUAUAAGAAUAUUUUACAUAUUUUAAUGUACAAUACCUGAAAUCCAAAAAUAAUUUUGAUAUAUUUAUCUAAAUUUGGUAGGAUGUAUAUUAUAACCUUUUUUACAAAGAUAAAACAGACGUUCUAAUUUAUUUUAUAUGUUUAUAAUUAUAAUUAAUAUUGUAAAGUCUUCUCUAUAAUCUAUCCAAAUAUAGAAUAUGUCUAUCUCAGUUCUAACUAAAGGGUUUUGCUAUUUAUAAAAUAUAAUAUAUAUUGUAGGAUUUUUACUUUAUUAUGGAAAUACCUAGAAACUGUUAACUUGUGUUCAAUCUUUUACUCUGUUAUGUAUUGUAGAUAAAACAGUGAGUUCAUACUUGUAUGCUAUGUUUUAAACAUGGUGGAAUUUAAAUUCUAACAUUUUCUCUAUUUUUUAUCUUUUUAUAAUAUGUAUUCUAACCUUUUGUUUAUCUUCUUUUUUACAAUGUGCAUUCUAUAUUUUUGUAUAUUCUAUGUUUUUUAAUUAGAGAAAAUCUAGGAAACAAUCCUAACUGAUAUUAUUCAAACUUAUCUUGUUUUUGAUGAGAGUUGUAUUGAAUCACGCUGAAUUCAAUUUUUUUGUUCAACAAUCUUCUUCCUUUCUUCUUCUACCAUAUCUCUUUUGAGAGAGAAAACUCGGAUGAAGACGAAGAAGAAGGAGCUGUGAUACCCGGCAAAGACAACACUGGAGAGGGCGUCAGUGAAAACACCGGAGUGAUUGCCGGAGAAUCACCUUGGUCUACUUUCUUUGUGAGGAGAUAGAUUGUGAAAAGGCGGAAUAAAAAAAGAGAAACUCGUAAUAUAGGCCAUAAUGUGAAUAUUUUUGUCCCUUUAUACCUUUGCAUUAAUUUCUCAGUUUUGGACAUAAUUUCCCUCAUCAUAAUGAAAAUAAUUAUUAAACAUCAUAUAGAGUUCAGAAAAAUAUGAAAAAAAUCAAUACAAUCAUGAGGAUAUGGAAAAUAUGAAAAAUUGAAUUCCAAAAAAAUUUGGAUGUGUUUAUCUAAAUUUGUUAGAAUAUGUAUUAUAACCCUUUUUACAAGGAUAAAAUAGACGUUCUAACUUGUAUUCAACAUUUUAUAAAAGUAAGUAUUUGUAUUAUAUCUAUCUAAAUAUAGAAUAGGUCUACCUCAGUUCUAACCAAACCAAUUUGUUAUUUUUACAUAGAAUAUAUAUUGUAGGCUUCUUAUUUUGUUGUAAAAAAAAUCUAGAAAAUAUUUACCUUUGUUCUAUCCUUUAGUUUAUCAUAUAUCGUAGAUAAAAACAUCUAUUUUUACCUUUACGCUACAUUCUAAAAAAGUUAGAAUUUAUAUUGUAACAUUAUGUCUGUGAUUUAUUCUAUUUAGAAUGUGUAUUCUAUAUUUUCGUGUAUUUUAUGUUUUUAAAUCUGAGAAAAUUUAGGAAGUAAUUUUAGCUAAUUUUAGUCAAAUUUAUUUGUUCUUGGCGAAAUUUAAAUUAAAUGGCUUUGAAUCCAUCCCUUUUUUUAAUUCAACGAUCUUUGUCGUUUUUUCUUCUUCACUAUCUCUUUCUUAUCAAAUCAAAUGGUUCAUAUCUAUGUAGCAUGUGGUGUUUGGAGAAGGGAUGCAAAGAACGAGUGGCGGUUCAUUGUUGAUAACGAAAAAAGAGGUAGAAUUCCCCUUGGAAGCGAGUAAAAUGUUAGAGCAAUUGAAGAUGAUGGUUUUGGAGGAAUUUGGAAUGGACCAGAGGAUUCUUAGUGCUAAGUUUAGUUAUUUUCCAAAUUCUUUGACUAGUAACUUAGGAGUUCCCCCGAUUGUUAUUUCCAAUUAUCGACAAGUUAGCAGCUUUAUUAGAUACUAGCUUAAGACCCGCACAAUUACGCGGGAUGAAUGUUAUAUAUAAAAAUAAUUUUUAUCUA